AUGGAAACGACAAAAAACGACCCGAGGAGCAAAGCAGACAAGGAGAAAGGCUCCCUAUUCUUAAGAAAGGAAAUCUUUGACCACGCAAUUAUAUACACAACGAACAAGAUAGAGGAAAGCGCUCUGCUAAUUUAUUUGAAGAAUUUUUAUGAGCAUUUUAAGAGGUCAAAGGAGAGGAGGGAAGAUGGUGGGAAUGUCCACGACGAUGAGCAAAUUUACGUCACUUUGGAUAGCUGGCUGAGCUACAAUGAAGGUAUAAAAGGGCAAGACAAUAUAUGGUCUGCCAACUUCAGCCAUAAUGUGUGCAAAUCUCUGUGGAUCCUCCUAAGCAUCACUUUACAGAGUGUAAAGAAGAAGAACAACGUGAAUGGGCAGAAGACUAUAUUUAACGCGCCGCUGGAGGAUCUGCACAGGCAGGGUGAGCAGCGAGGGGGCCCAGGCGGGGCGAUUUCCCCCAAUUCGAGUGACACAAGUGGUAGGCAGUUUGGCAAAAUGGAUGGCAGCAUUGUAGGUGAUAUAGCUCCCCCUGUGAGAGGCUGUGCAGCACCGCAUAGAGACUGCGGUGGGGAGGAGGGCGGUACAAAGGAGGACACCCCCCACGACGCGUGGAAUGCAAAUUGGCUAGACGAACAGGUGCGCAUAGAGCUGGUCAUCUUUUUCAUAAUUUUGCAAUUUUUGAAGAUUGACAGUGUGAAGAGGAAGUACGACAAGAAUUUGAGCGAAGAUAGUUGGCCCCACUUUGGAAGCUCUCCAAGGUCCCUCUCCAGUCCCUCCCUCGGCGUAGGAGGCAGCCAUGUAGGGGGCAACCAUUUAGCAAGCAACUGCGUAGCAAGCAACAGCGCAAAUGCUGGUAGCAGCCAAAGCAACUGCGCGUCCAAGUCCAGCCUGGCCGAUUUUUUCCACUUCUCUGGGAACAAUUACAACCAUUUUUUGAAAAGGUACCUGAUUGCUUUUCUCUGCUCAACGGAUAUCGUCAACAGUAGCACCCUGACGGAUACUCCCCUCUACUUCAAGAGUGAGCACCUCUUCCUGCUCGACUUUAUAAUCGACACGAAUGACCACAUGAAUGUAUACGAGAGGUACCUGCAGAAGAACGAGCCGAAAAUUCUAUACAAAACGAAGGAGAUCCUAACGUGGUUGCUGACCAAUUUGUGUAUGACCGAUUUGGGGAGUGACGAAAUGGGGAAGGGGUCAUCACAAAGUGGGUUUAGCCUCCCUUCCGCUUCCCCCCCCGGUGAAAGUACCCCCAUAAAUGCACCCCACCAUGGCAUAGAAAGUCUCAACAACGAUAUCUACGAAAUAAAAAACGUCCAGGGGAAAACCAUAUACAUAACGAGAGACAAAAAUGUAGUAAACAUAAGUAACUGCAAAGAGUGUAACAUUUUUAUUUUUUCAAACGUAGAAUAUUUAAAAAUUCACGUGUGUGUCAAUUGCUAUAUCAUCUCGUUGGCCAUCGAAAUGAUUUCCUCUUUUUUUAACUCCAAAAAUUUGGAUGUCCACUUGGUCACGAGGAGCCUCAAAAUUGAAAAUGUCAUUGACACCAAUGUGUAUGUCUACACCGAGACGAAUAUUAUCAUUUUUGGGGACACGAGGAAUAUACAGCUUGCUCCCUACAACAUUUUAAAUGCGAAUCAGAGGAGGUGCCUUCAAAAGAGCAAGAUCUCCUUUGGCAGCAAAAAUUGCGACCUUUUCGCCUUUCCCCUCAAGUGUAAAACCAGCUUGGCUCACUCGGUGGGGGGGUCACACAUGGGGAACUUGUCCGGCGGGGCAAACUUCCCCCUUUCGCUCAAGUCCCCCGGCGGCGCCCUCUCCCGGGGCAGCGACAAGAGUGGGAAGGUCGCCCCGACUAGCGGUUUAACUGCUAACGGGGCAGCUACUAACGGGGUAACUUCCAACAGUGGGGGUGCCGCGAACGAGGGCGAAGGCGCGUGCGGCAAGCCCUUCGACGCGUCCAACCUUUCCAGCUCAUUCUCCGAUUACGUUUACUAUUUGCUGAGUCCCUCCAAGUUCUUUCUGACCGAGUUUCCCAGCCCGGGAUGCUCGUCGGAAGGUGCAGACGGGGCCUCCAUUAGGGGACACCACGAAGAGGAAUGCGCCACUCAUUUGGAUGACUCCCACUACGACUCCGAUGGGAAGGAAACCCCCCCCGGAGAAGGAGCAUACAACGCAGGGGAGAGUCAGUCAUAUGAAUGCCUCUACCUCCCGGAGGUUUAUAAAAAUGCCAUAGAGAAUCAAGACGAGCACCUUCUACAGUUUUUAACCUUCAUGGACAGCAUCCACCUGUCAGCUGCGCAGAUGCAAAAGGUGAAAAAAAUACUAACGUAUAAGCUGUAUGCCUAUUUGAAGACGUCCAAGAAGGCCUUCCGCGUGCUCACCGAUUUGGUCGCCCAGGAGCAGGAGGCGCCGGGCGGUCACUAA